GGCUGGGGGUCAGGCCCAUGUCUACACCAUCACCCAUGAAGAGGCCGCUCGCAAUGCAGGUACCAUGUCCGGAAUGCUUUCGAUAUCCCAUGUGCCUGUUUUUGCUUUAUGUGAUACCGGUGCUACCCAUUCUUUUAUUUUUUCUUGUUGCUUGGAGGCUUUAUCUAUUGGCACCGUGCAUACUUGUGAUCAUCUCGAGGUUAGUUUAGCCUCGGGAAAAAUUAUUAUAUCUGAUUCAGUGGUUCGCAAUCUUCCUAUCAGUAUUGGUGGUCGAGUUUUGGAGGCCAAC